AUGCCACUCCGAUCCACCCGAAAGCUACACCUACUAGGACCUAUCAUUGCGGGCAAUCGGUCUGCACUCAAAGGACACCGGCCAACAACGGGUGCUCACUAUUCCACCUACAGUCCACCGCUGCUUGAGUCGGCUGUCAACAAAGUCGUUUCCAACAAAAGCCCGGCAGAUGACUUGCUGAGCCCGCUACAACAAUGUACCCCCGCUCAGGUCGCCACUGUACACUUACCGAUCCAACGUAAGGUGUUGUCUACAAUCAAAGAUGCACGAAAGGUGCUUGAGUAUGCCAAUCGAGACAUGCUUUGGGCAGAUGCCUCUAGGAGGAAGAAGGAGUUGCAACCACGAAUUGGUGGCCGUGCUCCCAAUUAUGUAGCGCAAGGAACUGCGAUCUGGCUGCGAUCCGAGCACAAGCUCGACACCUGCGACAGUCCAGAAUCUCAAGCUUUCAAAGGAGAAGAACUUGAAUUGCCCGUGAGACUAUACACGAAGCAAAUAUUGAGUGUCAUUAAUAGCAAUACAUACAGCAUUAUUGAUGAAGAGGUUGAUUCUGGGAAGGCCAUGCAGGUUCCUCGAAUCAUCGUGGAGGAUGCGAUCAAUACCUCUACAGUAUCUUGUAUGGUUCUAAGUGUUCAGCUAAAUGAAUCAGAGACAACCAAUAUGAAACACAGAGUGGCCCACGACGUAUCUUGGAAACUGGGUGGUACUACCUUUGACAGGCCGCCGCCCUAUCACAUUGCUCGUCUUCCUUGUGAAGCUAUCAGGUAUUGCUCUAGGCAGGAAUUGCUGAGAAUAUUGAAAGAUGGACCUUCUACCUUGAAGCAAUUCUCCCACAUCAUACUUGAUGACGUUCAUUUCCGUGAUCUCAAUAUCGAGGUGGGCAUGAUGCUUUUGAAACGAUUUGUUGAACAAUGCAAGUCUAUCGGUGCAUCUGUACCAAAGGUCGUUCUGAUGGGCUCAUUUCCUGAUGUCAAUGAACUGUGUUCCUAUUUUGGUACCAAAACUACAGAUGGCACACUUUUGCCUGCUCCUCAUAUGACUAUUCCUAGGGGCUUCCCUGCGAAGAAGUAUCAUCUCAAAGAAGUAAUGGCCAAUAUUACCCAUUCUCUGACAACGGAGAUCAGAGAGGCUCUCCUUCAUGAAGACAAGGAUACUCAAUCCUUCCUGGCCAGAAGUUUCAAAAAGGUUGAAAAAUCGGUACGCGUAAAAACCAAGACGCUUGUGAAAGAGGUUGUACCUCGCGGGUUGGUUUCUGCGACUCUUCUCUCGCUCUUGUCUACGACAAAAACAGGCUCUAUCAUUGUCUUCGUCCCAAGGUCAAUAGAUUUCAUGAAAGUCACGGAGCAGAUCACAACCUUUGGCCCAAAGCUGGGGUUCAAUUUUGAGGAUGAGGAUCGUUUUAGAAUAAUUUACUUGCCUUCAAAUCCGACAGCAGAAGAAAAAGCCAAAAUUCAGCUUGAAAUUCAGCUUGAAAUUCCUCCAGGUUGCCGAAGAAUUUUCAUUUCAAAAGAAAGGAGUGAAUUCACAAUUCCAGACGUGAGGUACGUCGUUGACUCUGGCAAGUCAACGGAUCGAAAUUCGGCGGAUAUCAACUGGAUCAAUGGAACUGUCGCCUCACAACGGGCAGAGUGUACAGGCAGAGUCCAGGCUGGAGAGUACUACUUUCUUGGAACCAAAGUGCGGUUUAAUUCCCUUCCAGUUACACCUACACGGCUACAGUCUAUGACUUCUCGCUCAAGUAUCCAACAAGCCUGUUUACAUGUUAAGCGAGCGAUCUCUGAAAGGUCCCUCUCGAUCGCAGAACUUCUCGCGCAAACCUCUAAGCCACCUCGAGAAUCCAAAGUUUGUGCUGCAGUGGAUAAUCUGAAGGAGUUGCAACUAUUGGACGAACAGGAAGAACUCACCACUCUUGGUCACAUUCUCGUCGAUUUGAAUAUGGAUCCAGCUUUGGGCAAGAUGUUUGCUCUGGGCGUUAUUUUCCGAUGUUUGGACCCAAUGCUGAUCCUUGCGACUCUCGACCGGAACCCCGCCCUUUUUUCACCAAGGCCUUCUUCGCCAGGUCCAGGCGUGGAUGCAUCAUUCGUUCGUUCGAUCAACGAGUCAGGCUAUCAUGUAGCUGUCACCAAUACCCUUGGGGCCAUUCGACAAAGGUUGCAUGCUCAGGAGGGUGAACGGGCUCCAGCUUUGGGAGAUAAAGCCUCAGAAGACUAUAUGCUCAAGGUAUAUGAUAAAGUGACCCCGAAAAUUGGGCGAAUUAUCAGGAGAUUGAUCGCAGCCAAAUUCAUCCCUGCCGACAAGUCAUUCGGUGAUGGGGCCUUUUUUAGUUACGACGGCCUCAAUAUCAAUUCCAAAAAUGAGGCUCUUAUCAAAACACUCUUGCUGCAAUUCCUUUCCUCCAAGCUGGCCGUGAAGCCCUUUGGCUAUACAGCCAUCAAAUUCAAAUCCGGAGAGAUCGUCGAAAGGGAUCCCAAUUCUUCCAUUUCCAACAACUAUAUCAUGGCCUACAACUUCAGAUCGGCCGGCGCAAACAAGCGUCGGGGUACGAUUCAAAAGACCCAGGUCGACCCACUGGCCGCCUGUGUCUUGGGGAGCAAGAUAGAACAAGAAGAAGAUAACGUUAUCUUGGAUUCGUGGGUGAAAAUCAAACCACAAAAGGUGGGAAGCAGAGGAAAUGAAGUUGCCAAGGACUUGGUUCAAACACACAAAGCCUUCGAUGAGGCCCUUCGCACUGCCUUUAAGGUACUUCCUCGCCAGGGAAUGGCAAGCUUCGACUCUUCAGCGGAUUUGAAUGCAUAUCGUGCCGCUCGCGGUAAUUUGCUCGAAACCAUUCAGAAAUCACUGCAAGAUAUUCUCCAUGCACAUGAUCCGCCGGCUCAGAGCACUAGGAAAGACAUAUGA